AUGGCCGGCGUCGCCGAAAAAGCGAGGUUCUUCCUCGAGCGAUCGGUCCCCCAGCUCCGGGAGUGGGAGGAAAAAGAAAUCUUCUCCAAGGAUGAGAUCCGUACAAUUGUCCAGAAGCGCAACGAUUUCGAGCACCGUGUCCUGGCUCCCGGAAACAAGCCUUCCGAAUGGUCUGCGUUUGCCAAGUGGGAGCAAUCGCUCGAGAAGCUCCGGGGCAAACGCUGCAAACGACUCAAGAUCCACCACCUCAACUCGGCCCACGCUGGGCAGGGCCGCGUCAUGGCCAUCUACGAGCGGUCCGUCAACAGACACCCGGCGAGCGGCGACCUGUGGCGCGAGUAUCUCAACUACACGGCCAGCGUCAAGGCGGCCAAGCGAUGGCGAAGGACCAUGACCAGCGCUCUCCGCAUGACACCCACCGAUCCGGAGCUAUGGGUCAUGGCUGGCCGGCGAUCCGCACGCAACGGAGACAUGGCAGCCGCGCGCAAUUUUUUCAUGCGGGGCUGUAGGUUCUGCACAAAGGACUGCUGGAUAUGGGUUGAGUACGCUCGGUGCGAGAUGGAGUGGCUGGCCAAGGUGGACAAGCGCAAGGGCAAGCCUGGAAAUGAUCCGCUGCGGCCCGACAAGGUGGAGGAUAAGGAUCAGUUGCGUCUCGAGGACAGCGACGAAGAGAGCGACGUGGAAGAGGGAGGACGUGGACUGCCAGAGCCCUCUACAGCACAGGCCGACGUCAUCGACCAGCAAGCCUCCCGGCAACUCCAGUCGAAUCCCGCCAUGGACGGGGCCAUCCCCAUUGCCGUCUUCGACAUAUCGCGAAAGCAAGCCUUCUUCAAGCCCCAAGCUGCAGAGUCAUUCUUCUCCAUGCUGGCGUCGUUCCGCCAGGUCUCGGUCCAGCCACGGAUAUCCCAACACGUCCUGGACGCCAUGGACGAGCAAUACCCAAACCAUCCGUCGACCUGCAGCUGCCACAUCCGGCAGCCAAUCCUGGGCCUCAGCCCCUUUACGGCGGAAUUCCCCCGGAACCUACGAGACGUUCUCACUCGUUUGGGAGAAGGAUUAGAGUCUACUACCGACCGGGCGGCCUUAGAGCAGAAGACGGUGGCGUGGAUAGACGAAUACCUUGCAAUGGACGGGUUGGACGAGGGCAUCCAGAGGGUGCUGAAGCAUACCAAGACGAAGGUGACGAUGUCGUCAGGGCGGACAUAG